GACCUCAUAGACUCGCCAGCUACGCGCACCUAGACUCGCAAUGUCGACCCCGCUCGCGACCGCAGCCCCGGCGGCAGCCCACGGCGGCAAACAGCCCGACUCUCCCCCCGUCGACAUCACCCAGCCCCGCUACGACACCAAGACCUACGUCGGCCGCCUGCGUCACUUUGCGUCCAUCACGUCGCCCUUGACCCUCCUCGCCUCGUCGACCGACCUCGCCAACGCCCAGCGCCUCCUGCGCGAGUACCAGGACGGGACCGGCGCAGGCCGCAAGGCGUGGGGGCACGAGGAGGAGGCCGGCGUGUGGAAGGCCAAACAGCUUGUCGAUUCGUCCAUCCACCCUGACACGGGCGAGGCCGUCCCGCUCCCGUUCCGCCUGUCGGCCUUCGUCCCGACCAACCUCGUCAUCGUCGCCGGCAUGCUCAUGCCCAACCCGUCGCUCAAGGGCGUCAUCUUCUGGCAGUGGGCCAACCAGUCGCUCAACGUCGCCGUCAACUACUCGAACGCCAACAAGUCGAUCAGCAUGUCGACGACCGAGAUUGCCUCCGCCUACGCCGCAGCAACGCUCGCGUCGUGCUCCAUCGCCGUCGGCCUGUCCCAGCUCGUCCCUCGCCUGCGCGUCUCGCCCUCUGCGCGCGCCCUCCUCGGCAAGCUCGUCCCGUUUGCCGCCGUCGCGAGCGCCGGGUGCGUCAACAUCGGCCUCAUGCGGUGGAAGGAGAUGCGCGACGGCAUCUCGGUGUACGCGCCGAGCGACCCAGUGACGGGCAGGCCCAGCUCCGAGGUGCUCGGCAAGAGCUCGGUCGCCGGCACGUACGCCGUCGGACAGACGGCCGCGAGCCGGGUUCUCACCAACAUCCCGACCUUGAUCCUCCCUCCCCUCCUCAUCACCCUCCUCGAGCGCCGUGGCGCGUUCCGUGGCCCCAACGGCGCCCGCAACAGCACGGUCCUCAACCUCGGCCUCAUCGGCGCCUCCCUCCUCGUCUUCCUCCCGCCCGCCAUCGCCGCCUUCCCGAGUCGCGCCAGCAUCGACCCCAAGAAGCUCGAGGACCGGUUCAAGGCGGUGCCGUACGACCAUGUCGAGUUCAACAAGGGCCUGUAGAGCGUUGCGAGGGUCGAGAGGGGCAGUCCAGGGUCUGUAUUGCAGCGCAUUUCCACGC